AUGCAACAAAUCAUUGAUAUGAAGGAUAAUAAUAGACAACUAUUUACAUUUAUUGAAAGCACUUAUGAAACACAUGAGCAACUAAAUGAAAUUUUACACGACGAAAAACGUAAUCCUCAACUUUUUGAUCUUGCUCAAGGUCUUGUCUUUCGAUGUCAUCUUGUUUACUACAAAUCAAUCUCUUCAAAUCGACUUCUUUCCGAUAAAGAUCUAAUUAUUUUCAACUUCCAUCAUGCUUUAUUUGAUUUUCCAUCAAUGAAUAUAUUUCUUCAUGACCUCAAUCAAGCAUAUACAACAGGUCAAUUAUUAUACGAUGACAGCACUACUCUACGUUAUAUAGAUUAUGCUGUUAUUGAACAACAAAUGUCAAUGACUGGUGCAAGCAUGUUCUGGCUUGAUGCUCUUCAUGAUUGUAAACUUGAUCAACCUUUAUCAUUACCAUUUGAUCGAUAUCGUCUUGCAAAUGAACAUCGAACUGGUCGUGGAACAUCUAUUUGUUUUGAUUUUGGUCAAGAUCUCUCACAUGAUUUUCUUAUUCAAGCAUCAUCAAAUAAUAUAUCACUUGAACAUCUCACAUUUGCUGUUUAUUUCAUCUUUUUAUUCAAACUAACUAAUGGACAAACAGAUUUAUGUCUGGCCAGAAACAUCAAGAAUAAUCGAUAUAGAGAUGAACUCAAAUCAAUCAUUGGGUUGUUUGAGAAUAUCAUUCCAUUACGAUGUCAAUUAGAUCCUCAUUGGUCUUUUCAUCAAUUACUCGAACAUGUUCAAAAGAUAACAACAAAUAGUCUGAAAUAUGCAUAUUUUCCACUUCAACGUAUUCUCAAUCAACAUUCACAUACUUCAAAACAUACAUUUUUGGAUACAUCUCUCGAAUCUAUAUCAUACAAUAGUAACAAUGACAACAAUGCAAUUAUGAUUGGUGAUUCUCAACUUGUUCCAACACCUUCCUCAUUCAACGAAAAUGACGAUGAGAUAUUAAAUUUAUCCGACUUCUCUCUUUCUAUUUAUCAUGAUAUGAAUGUGAAUCAACUCUCAUGCACAAUCAAGGCAUCACUUGCCUUAUUCAAUAGAGAGUCAGUCGAGAAGAUUUCACAACGAUUCCAUUCCAUCUUACAUCAAUUAUCUACAUCUAUUAUCGACAGUCAAAUAAACAAACCUAUCUAUGAAGUAUCAUUAAUAUUAUCAAAUGAACAAUAUCUAAUGCAAUCAAUGAAUAAUACACAAAUAUCAUUCUCAUCUCCUCUCACUUGUAUUCAUCAUGAAUUUGUAUAUCAAGUGAUGAAACAUCCACAAAAACUAGCUGUUGAACUAGAUGAACAAUCAUUGACAUAUUGUGAACUUCUAUAUUAUAUACAAAUACUAUCUUUAACUCUUCUUAAUGAAUAUAAUGUGUUUCCAGGUGAAAUCGUGUGUCAAUGUGUUGAGCGAAGUUUAUCAAUGGUGAUUGGUAUUGUGGCAAUUGAAAUGGGUGGUGGUAUCUAUUGUCCAUUGUCACCUCGAGAUCCACAACAUCGUUUGCAUGCACUCACACAACAAACACAAAGUCGUCUUGUACUUGUUCAUCAUGUAACUAAGACUAAAUUGGAUGAUGAUAUUAUUUCACUGGAUAUUGAUUCAAUAUUGAUUAAUAGUUAUGUAGUAAGCGAUGUUUAUGUUGAUCGACUAUCAAGUGUUACAGUCACACAUAAUGAUAUUGCUUAUAUCAUUUUCACAAGUGGUUCGACUGGAAUACCAAAAGCGGUUCAAGUUCGUCAUAAAAACUUCACUCGUUAUAUGUACUCAUUUGUGAGUGCUAGUGCGUUGAAGAAGGAUGAUGUAACUGUCCAGAUGGCUCGAAGUACUUUUGACGUUCAUCUUCAAGAAAUAGCUGGUGUUUUAUUAAUUGGCGCUACAUUAGUUAUGCUACAUCCAACAGGAAUUAUGGACUUUCACUAUCUUGGUAAUGUUAUGAUAAAGAAGAAUAUUACUUAUUUUGCUUCUGUUCCAACUAUAAUUAAUAAUUUCUUCACUUUUCUACAACAACAAAAUUAUCAUAAUGUUGCGCGAUACCUGCGAUUAGUUUGCAGUGGUGGUGAACCUUGUUCUGUAAAACUAAUAAAUUUAGUGUCAAAUACUCUAACGCAUACUUGCCGUAUAUUAAACAUGUAUGGUACUGCUGAAACAACAAUUGAUUGCACCUUUCAUCUUUUCGAUAACACAAUGGAGACUGAAAACAUUCCAAUAGGCAGACCACUUUUAAAUUAUCAAAAUCUAGUUUUAGAUGAAUUCUCACAAAGUAUGUUUAUCAAUCAAGAAGGAGAAUUAUUUGUUGGAGGUGCUGGUGUGUUUGCUGGAUACCUUGGACGUGAUGAUUUAACUGCAAAAGCUCUUGUUGAAAUAGAUGGUCAACUAUUUUAUCGAACAGGUGAUCUUAUUCGAAUGGACAAAAAUAAUCUUAUCUAUUAUCGAGGAAGAAAAGAUCAUCAAAUCAAAUUACAUGGACAACGAAUUGAACUUGGUGAAAUUGAACGAUGUCUACUCAAUACAUCUGUUAGUGCUUGUAUUGCCAUGAAAUGGAAAGAUGAUCAUUUAGUUGCUUAUGUUCAAAGUUCUGAUAUUGAUGAAAACGUAUUACGGGAACAUUGCCAAUUACACUUACCACCUCAUAUGAUUCCAUCAAUAUUUGUUAUACUUGAGAAAUUACCACUAAAUGCAAAUGGAAAAAUAGAUCGAAAGCUCCUUCCUCCACCAAAUUUUUCAUCAAUAACAAUAUCUAAUAAUGAAGCUCAAUACAUUGAACCGAAUGAUAUUGUUGAAAUGAAGAUUCAUUUAAUUUGGUGCGAAAUUCUUCAACGUACAGAUAUUUCGAUUAAUACAAGUUUUUUCAGUAUUGGUGGUCAUUCACUUCUUCUUAUGAAACUGUAUCACCGUUAUAAAGUGGUUUUCAAUCUUGAUAGUAGAACUAUAAAUAUAGCGCAACUAAUUGAACAGUUCACAAUCGCUGAACAUGCAAGCCUUAUAAAACAUUGGUCAGACUAUGUACAACAAGAUGUUGACUCAUGGUACUUAUUAAAUUUCACUUCUGAUGACUCAAUUACAGAUGGAUUAUCAUCUUCAUCCAAAGGUAGACUUUACAUUCGCCAUAAGAAUAUCGAUGAUUUAUCUCAAGAUGUAACAAUGAUUAUUGAACAACUUGAAAAAAGCUAUCUUUCUGCAGUAAUUCAAGAGAUAUAUAUUAUGUGGAUUACUGAUCCUCGAUUUAAUGAAAAUAAUCAGUUAAAUCAACGACUUGCUGCUAUAGUUGUUUCGCAAGCAUACGAAUUAACUGUGCUAGAAGAAUUGGAGAAGAUUUCAAACCGGAAACACUUCCACAAUGUUCAAAUUCCAUGGGCUCUUCUCAUUGAAAAAGAAUCACAUUCUACAUUACUGAAAGGAAUGAAUCGAGAAAUUCUCGAAAAACAUUAUCGAACAAAAAUAACAAAUAUUCUACUUGCAAAUGUAACUAUUGAUACUUCUUCAAAUAUAACCGAACAAGAAAGAUCUACACAAUCUCAUACGUUAAUUGAACAUGAUAAGUUGCUCGAUCCGUCUCUACAACCAUCUAUCAAAACGAACAACAAAGAAAAAUGUAAAGAUAUUUUUCUCACUGGAUCAACUGGUUUUCUUGGUACUUAUCUUCUUGAUGAAUUAUUGAAACAAACGGAUGCAAAUAUAUACUGUCUUGUUCGAUCGAAAAAAUCUACAGAUACAUUACAAUCUCGCGUGAUUUAUUUAUAUGGUGAUUUAACUCUUCCUCAAUUGGGUCUUCACGAUGAUCAAUAUUCGAUGUUAGUAUCGAAGAUGCGUUCAAUUUAUCAUUGUGGAGCAGACGUUAAUGUCAUUAAAUCAUAUACUGACCUUCGUUCAGCAAAUGUGCUUGGUACUCUUGAAUUAAUUAAACUAGCAUGUUUAGCUAAUUGCCGAAUUAAUUAUAUAUCCACUUUAAGUGUUUUGGAUGAAAAUGAUCAAAGUGGAUAUGUACAAAGCAAACAAGUUUCUGAAUGUCUGAUGAAACAAGCAAGUGAAAGAGAUUUAACUGUAAGCAUUCUUCGACCAGCUUUCCAUAUUGAAUCUCCGCCUAUUGACGUUCCUAUUGGUCAGCUCGGUGGAACAUCAUUAGAUGCUAUUCAUGCACUUACAGUAAUACGGCAACAGGUGCAUACUAAUAUUGACAUUGGUCUUUUAUUUGCUAAUCCAUCUAUUCGACAAUUGUCUAUAGCAAUAGAACCUUUGCUAGUUUCGAAUCAAUCUCAAGAGACGGUUUUCACCGUUAAUCAAUCUCAUGAAACAUAUGUUCACCUUGCACCUUCAUUUGUUGUGGAAUCUAUAGGUGUUAUAGUUCUUUUCUGUCAAUGUUUAUGGCCAAUCAUAAUAAUUCAUCAACGGUGUCCAUUCUUUUUCUCAUUUCUACCAGCAUUUCAUCUUAUAUUCUAUGCCAUUUGUUCACGUCUCUUUUCACUACAAAACAACAAAACUGAUAUUGUCUUCUCUUGGAACUAUUAUCGAUGGUGGUUUUUGGAUCGAUUAUGGAAUAAUAAUACAUUUUGGUUGCAGCAUUUACUUGGCACACCACUCUACAAUUAUUAUCUUCAUUUUUGCGGUGCACGGAUUAGUAUCAACGCACAUAUUUAUACCACAACUAUCGAUGCUCCAUGGUUGUUAGAAAUUGGUGAUGGAAGUUGGAUUGCUAAUGAAACCUGUCUGAACUGUUUAUAUUUUAAUGAUAAUAACACAUUCAAACUGAGUCCAAUAAAGAUUGGAUCUAAUUGUUCAGUCGGUACACGAUCGAUUUUAUACGAUGGAGUUGAUAUGGAAAACAAUAUUAUUGUUCAACCCAUGUCAUCGGUUACUGGCUCCAUUGCAUCUAAAACAGUCAUUGAUGGUGAAGAACAUAAACCUAUUUCAUCGGAUAACUGUAUCACUUGCAAUAAAAGAUCAUUAUCGAUAUGGCAUAAGAUCUACCAAGUUAUUGUACUCAUCUCGCUAAUAUGUAUUCACUGUACAAUUUUAAUUUUUGUCUAUAAAAUUUAUUCAAUCGAACAUAUACCACUACCUAUCAGUAUUGCUUUUAGUUGGACUUUGUGGUCGAUACUCGGCUGUUUUGUUUCUGUCUUUCUGCUUAAAUAUGUAAUCGGUUCCUGUGUGGCGGGUGACACGUAUUCGAUAGCUUCUUGGUCGUAUUUACAUAAGUUAUGGAUUCGCCAAUUAAUUGUAUCUAGUUUCCGUCAUGCAUGGUUGCUACCAUCUGCGUACGAUGAUAUUUAUCCGUUUGUUCUUCGUUGGUUAGGUGCUUACAUUGAAGAUAAUGUUAAACUCUAUGAUAUCGGUAUUUUUCUAUCUUAUCCAAAAAAUCUACUGAAACUUGAAACGGGGGUCACUAUUUUUGGCUACGUUUUAUUAGUUCCGACUGAGAUGACAUUAUCAGGCGACCAUUGUGUUGAUCGUAUAACGCUUGGAGCCCAUGCGAAUCUUGCAAAUAGAUGUUCAGUUUUGCCCGGUAGUCAUCUUGCUUCUGAGACAAUGGUUGGCAAUUUAACACGCAUUUCUCGAGAGAUAAAUAGCAAACAAGGAGAUGUUUUUAUUGGUGUUCCAGCUCGUGUCAUGCCCUUUAAAAUGCCUCUUAGAUCGAAUAUAACCGAUCAAAUUGAAAUUACCUCACUUUGGCAUACAUGUUUCUGGCAUUUUAUUAGUAAAUGCCUUUUGAUAAACAUUUAUUUAUUAGGUGGUUUCAUUGGUGGACCGGUAAUUCAUAUAACACUCAUUUGCAGUUUCUACCGAUGGAACUCAUCUAUACGUUAUGAACUAGUGCAGCACAUAUUAGGAAGAUUAACGCACGAUUGCCAACAAUUUAUUUGUCCAUUUUUUAGCAAUACACAAUGGUUGAUCCGGUUAUUUCGAGGAUUCGGGGCUUAUAUUGGUAAAGGAGUAGUCUUACCUGAUUUUUCUUGUAUUACUUAUUAUCAUUUGAUAACCAUUGGAGAUAACGUUCGGCUUAAUAUACAUGCUAAUAUUCAAUGUCAUAGUUUUGAGCAACGUAGCUUAAAAUUAGCUCCCGUGGCAAUCGGAAAUUCAUGUGUGCUUAUGAGUGGUUCAUAUGUAAUGGCAGGCUGCAAGUUGAUGGGCAACAAUAAACUCUAUCCAUUUACAUUGAUAAUGAAAAAUGAUCAAUUACCGCCGAAUACCCAUUGGAGAGGGCUUCCUGCACAAUCUUGUACAGUAAAAGUAAAAUUAUCUCAGCCGACAAUAGUCCAUGAUGAUCUAGUAAAAUAUCAGCAAGGGUAUGAGACUAUUGACAAAUUGUUUCUCUGGUAUGAACGAAUUGCAAGUAUCUAUACAAGUGUAAAUGAAUUACAAUUUAUGAAUUAUGACUAUGCAGAUAUGGAUGAAUAUAUCGAUGAUCAUACUGGCUAUUAUUCGAGAAAACUUUAUGAACAGGUAUGUAGAAAAGAAUACAUGACUCUAUUUUAGUGUUUCUUUUUUGUCCUAUUUCGCAUCCACUAUCAUAAGAGAUUGUCAUAAUCUGUGAUUUAUAAGGAAUUUGUAUGGAUAUGAAUAUAAGAUUGGUUUAUUAAAUG